AUGUCCACGCCUUGGUACCAGCAAAAGCGCCAAAAGCAGAGAACGCAGCCGGAGCCGCCGGAGCCCCUCGACGCGAACUCCGGUAGCGACACCGAGCUGCAGGCUGACGAUAGCGACGAGGGCGCCGCCGCGUCCCUCAUCCUCAUCGGAGCCCUCACCACCUCGUCUGACACCUCAGCGGAGCCCUCACGGCGCAGCUACACAUUGCUGGGCGAGCGCGUGCUGAUCCCAGCCAUCCUCAAGAACAGCACGACGGGCUACAAGUGCGUGUCCUUCAGCCACCAGUAUAAGAAGUUCAAGGCGCAUGCCAGGGUUGGUGGCAAGCAAGUCCACCUCGGCUACUUCGACACCGCCGAAGAGGCGGCCUCCGCCUACGCUCGCUCGGCGUACGGCCGUGCCGACGCCGCCAAGCUGCUGCAGCCUCGCUCUGCUCCCACUGCCGCUGGCGCCGAGGCGAUACGGCAGGCGGAGAGGGAGGGCCUGACUCUGGCCACCAGCAGUAACAACAGCACAGGCUACAAAGGCGUGAGCUUCUGCCCGAAAGGCAGCAAGAAGUACAAGCUGGCGGUGAGGGUUGGAGGCAAGCAGGCCACCAUCGGCCGCUUCACCACCGCCGAGCAGGCGGCGCUCUUCCACGCCCGCAGGGAGGCGGGCAGGGACAUGGUUGCGCUCUAUCCUCAAGAGACACCGCCGCCGCCGCCGCCGCCGCCGCCGCCCGCGCCUUCCUCUGCUGCUGGCGCCGAGGCUGUCCGGCAGGCGGAGAGGGAGGGCCUGACUCUGGCCACCAGCAGCAACAACAGCACAGGCUACAAAGGCGUGAGCUUCACCCCGAAGCAGCAAGGCAGCAAGAAGUACAUGCUGAAGGUGAGGGUUGGAGGCAAGAAGGUCACACUCGGCCGCUUCGCCACCGCCGAGCAGGCGGCGCUCUUCUACGCACGCAGGGAGGCGGGCAGGGACACCAGCGAUCUCACCGCGCCGCCGCCACCGCCGCCGCCACCCGCGCCUUCCUCUGCUGCUGGCGCCGAGCUAGGCUGA